AUGACUUCUACCGACCUAGAAGAGCCAACAAUACCUCCCACCCGCGACACCGUCACUGUCCACACCUCGCUCCUCUUCGACCCCAUCCAAAAAGCCUUCCUCGAGAAUCUCUCAAUCCUGAUCAACACCCGAACCGGUGCCAUUGUCCGCCUCCACAACCGCAAUACCCCCGACCUCCCGUCGACUAUGUCAGAGCGAGACAUUGAUCUCCGCGGCAAAGUAGUCCUCCCAGGCUUGGUCGACUCGCACACCCAUAUCUUCCUCCACUCGGACAAAGAACGCUUCCACUCGCAACAAAUGCGCGACCAGUCCCCCAUCGAACGCAUUGUCCGCGCCACCAACCACGCCCGCGCCGCCCUGCUGGCGGGCUACACGACCUACCGCGACCUGGGUACCGAGGCGCUCGGCAGCGCCGACGCCAGCUUCCGGGACUGCGUCAACCGCGGGCUGACGCCCGGCCCGCGCAUGUUUGUCGCCACCGAGGCCAUCGCCAGCAGCGGCGGGUACGAGAUCCGGACCGAGAACCGGUAUGCCAAAGGGUCUGGGUUGGGCCUGAGUCUGCCGCGGGCCGCGGAUGUGGCCGACGGUGUGGAUGGCGUAAGGGCCGCGGUGAGGAGGAGGGUGGGCGAAGGGGCCGAUAUCAUCAAGUUUUAUGGGGAUUAUCGGAGGCGGGUGAUGCGGUUCCCGCCGGAUGUUCCUGGACCUGGGGGCAGGGUGCUGUUCCCGCCGGAUAGAAGGGACAGGAACCCGGCCGUAGCGCUCUUCUCGCAUGAGGAGAUGGCUGCGAUUGUGCGCGAGGCUAGGUUGGCGGAUGUCCCCGUUGCUGCGCACGCCGGGGACGCAAAGACGGCGGUGACGGCGGCGAUCGCCGGGGUCACGAGCGUGGAGCAUGUGUUUGAGGACUCGGCCGGGGUGAUGGAUUGGUUGCUGCAAGAGCUGGUCAGGAACAAGACGAUUUGGGUCCCGACGUUGGCAACCGCAGAGUUUUACUACGCCGGCGAGGAGAAGUUUGAGAGGUGUAAAGCGGCGAUCAAGAGGGCUUUCGAUCAAGGCGUGCGGGUGGCUGCAGGUGGGGACACGGGCGUGUUCAAUCAUGGGCGGAACGUUAGGGAGUUGGAGAUCAUGAUGGAGGCGGGGAUCCCUGUCGAGGAUGUUCUCGUUGCAGGCACCUAUAACGGGUGGCACGCUUGUGGCGGAGAUGCUUGCGGAUAUAGGUUUGGGUGGUGGGACGAGGGGAACCAGGCGGAUAUUAUUGCGCUGGAUGCGGACCCGAGGAAAGACCCAAAGGCGUUGCGAAAGGUCAGUUUUGUCAUGAAGGACGGGCAAGUGUGGAAACGAGACGGACUGCCGGUGGGCAUGAUCUCUGCGGCACAGUGGCCGGAGGAGGAUGAAGGGUCGAAGGCGGAGGAAGGAUUGAAGGUGAAGGAAUCGAAACCGAAAAACAGCGUCCCAGAGUCGUUAGCGACGUCUGCAAACUCCACAUCUAGCACACCAUCACUUGGUUCGACUCCUCCUAGCUGGGUGGUCAGGCUGUCGGGGAACCCAACGCCGGUGGGUUCUGAUGUUGGGUGGGAGACCCAGUCGUUCGACGUAUAG